AAAGCAAACAACAGUCAUUUGCCUCCUGGUGUGCGCUUGGUAGAGUCCAAAUAAAAAAAAUCGGGGAAGUUUUCGCUUUCAACAGCCACACAGCACAGCAGUAGCAACGCAAAAAUGAAUUGGAGGCCGUUGGGAAAUAUCAAAACACUGACAUUGUGGCUGGCGUUCACGCUGUUUCUUGCGCAUCCAACGAAACAGAAUCCGCUGACAACUACCGGCGCCGACGAUACCAGCACUCCACAGUCAUUUUAUUAUACCGCCGGUGUUGUAGAGUUUCGACCCGCUCAAAAUGUACCGAAUGCCUUGGCCGACAAUCUCGCCGGUUAUUUGGAGAUCCUAAGCUCGGAAGCUGCCAAAGCCACAGAUAUUAUUGUUUUCCCUGAGGGUACGCUAAAUACCAUUGAUACUGCCACAUUUGUACCGGAUCCCACGGUCGAACUCGAGACUACGCCCUGCCUGCUGGGUAACACCAGCGACUAUUCCGACUUUCUGGUACAACUUUCGUGUGCUGCACGCGAGGCACGUAAAUAUGUUGUUAUUAAUUUGACCGAACGCGCUAAGUGUAUCGUCUCCAAAGACGACCCGCGUCCAUGUGCGUCCAAUGGCAUAAAUAUUUUCAACACUAAUGUUGUGUUCGAUCGUGAGGGUCAAGUGAUUUCGCGCUAUCGCAAAUGGAAUUUAUAUGGUGAACCGAAAAAUACCACCUAUUAUACGGAGUUGGAGUUUUUCAACACCGAUUUUGGUGUAGUAUUUGCGCACUUCAUCGGUUUCGAUAUAUUGUUUUAUAAGCCUUCACAGUGGCUGAUUAAUUUGGGUCAUACAGAUCUGAUCUUUCCCUCAAUGUGGUUCUCGCAGUUGCCGUUUUUGACGUCGGUUCAAUUCCAACAGUCAUGGGCUUACAAAAACGAUGUCAACUUGCUAGCAGCUGGCGCUAGUCUACCAGCUAUCGGCUCAACUGGCACAGGCAUUUAUGCUGGGCGCGCUGGUCCUUUACUCACCGUAAUGAAUACCGGUGAAGGUGAACGUCGUAUAUACGUGGCAAGAGUACCAAAGAAGAUGUUCAACAAUCUAAGCGAACAACCUGUGACCGCCGUAACUGAGACUGUGGCGCAGCCUCACGUAGCAACAAAGCGUCUAAAUGAAGCUGAUAUUUUAUUAAAACGCGACUAUUUGGAUCAAUAUGAGAGCAUAUUAGUAGAUUUGAAGAGUGCCAGCGGUCGUGCGCAGCACACUGUUUGUCAUAAGAGUUUCUGCUGUGAUUUCGAGCUGCAAUGGCAUCAGCUGACCGCUGCUGGUGCCGGUCAAUACUACAGUUAUCGUUUGGGUGCCUAUGAAGGUAUGCGCGAUGAGCCGGGCGCUGAGCGUUCGAAUGCGAUACGCAAUUGUGCGGUCUUCACAUGCAUCGGUGAUGAUAUAGCCGAUUGCGGACGCACAUUCCCCGCUGACGUCGUGCAGCAGCCGCAAAUCGCUUUCGAUCGUAUAGUUAUUGACGUCGACUUGCAGAUGGGUUAUCCACAAUUGUUGAUGUGGAACAGUUUGCGUGAUGAUCUCAAGCCCUUGGCAGUGAACGAAUUCGAGUGGGAGGAAUACGAAGUGUUGGUGGACUUGGUGAUAAUGCGUCAUGCGCGUUAUACAUUGAACACAACAACCGACAAUCUUUUGGCUUUCUCGCUCUAUGGUAAUUAUUUUGAUGGCUUGGGUUUCAUUGAUCGGCCCGGCACGAGCUUCCCGCCGACGAGUAGGCCAACGACAGUUGAUCCAAAUGGCGGAGAUGGCGCCGGGGUAUUACUGCAACCAAUCAUUAUGAUUUGGACAUUGUUUGGAUUGUUACGAGUAGUUGUUUAAGUUGACAAUAUUAAAGAUAGAAACAUACAUACAAAGAAAAUAUAAUAAAAAAUUGCUAAAUUUA